GAGAAAGAGAUAGAAUCACUGAUCUGGAGUUUAGUGGACGAGCAAAAGCGAGAGUGCUCAUCGUGGGAGAAGGAUCUGAUGCAGUUGCUUUUAGAAGCAGCCAUGGCUGAUAAGAGUCUAGGGAAGGAAUUUUCAAGGAGGUUCAUUGUUGACAACUGCAAGAACAUAUAUUUCGCCGGACAUGAGACCACCGCCAUCGCUGCGUCUUGGAGCUUGAUGCUGCUUGCUUUGCACCCUCAAUGGCAAGAAAAGAUUAGGACUGAGGUUGCUGAGGUUUGCCCCCAUGGCAUACCUCAUGCUGAUUCUCUUCCCCUCCUCAAAACUGUAAAUAUGGUGAUUCAUGAAGUGCUACGUUUGUACCCACCAGCAGCAUUUGUAUCAAGGGAAGCAUAUGAAGACAUUCAAAUUGGAGACAUAAAUGUUCCUAAAGGAGUUUGUAUGUGGACCCUAAUUCCAACAUUGCAUAGAGACCCUGAAAUUUGGGGGCAAGACUCUAAUGAAUUCAAGCCAGAAAGGUUCAAAGAAGGUGUGUCUCGAGCAUGCAAGUUCCCACAGGCUUAUGUGCCAUUUGGAUUGGGGCCUAGAUUGUGCUUGGGGAGGAACUUUGCUAUGGUCCAAUUGAAGGUUGUGUUGGCACUUAUUAUUUCUAAGUUUAGCUUCUCACUCUCGCCUAGUUAUAGCCAUUCUCCAGCUUAUAGAAUGAUUGUAGAGCCAGGUGUGUAUAUCAUCAUUAAGAAGCUUUAG